CUUUCAGCCAAUCAGCGUUAGAGUGGAUCUGUUUGCGUAUGGCUGACACGCUGACCAGGGUGCUGAGAGAGCUCUUAGGGUUCAAGGAGUACCCCAACCAAGAGAACUCCAGCACCAUGCCGGCCCAUGUUACCUCAGAGGUGUCCCCCGUGCUGCUCCUCGGACCUCCCGGCUGUGGGAAGAGCGGGCUCCUGUUUAGGGCAGGGCUGCUGGCAGCUGAGGAGGGUGCGGGGCCGGUAAUAUUUAUAUCCCGGGAUCCCCUGCAGAAGCUGCCCGGGGGAGGGAGGGAAGCCCGAGAUCCGCUCAUACUCAAGCGAAUCCGGUUUUUGUAUCCGACGUCUCUCAGAGAUCUUCUGCAGCUCGUCUCUUCCAUGCACCUCUCCUUUUCGGCUCCUUCUUUAAUUGUUGUGGACGGACUGGAACGCUACCUCACACAUACUUGUCGCUCUGCUGACGGUGCCCUUAUUUCCGGCCUUUUGCUAGACUCUGCUGCGCACUUAAAGUGUGGUCUCUUGGUAUCUGCAGCACCACCUUCAGAGGGUGUUGAUGGAGCAUUUCUGGCUGUGGAACGAUAUUUUCCAGCCCAGUGCCAUAUCUAUGCCGAGGUGACCAGUGAGCAGCAAGAGGGCACCUUUCACAUAAGCUUCCCUUCCCAUCUCCCAGCUUGUGUCCUACACACAGAAAAGGAUGGAACUCUGAAAAUAUCUCUCCGAAACACUCCAUCUUUGUGACCAGAACGUGAAAAUUCAACACCUCAUACUAAAGCAUGCAUAAAUGAUAAAAUCAUUCAUGUACCA